AGUCUGGCAGAACUAGAAGUACUAUGUAACCACCUCUAUGAAGGAACUGAUCUAGCACAGCGAAUGCAAGCUGAGAAGGUACUCUUGGAGCUUAUUGAUAGCCCGGAAUGCCUUAGCCAAUGCCAACUGCUAUUGGAACAAGGAACGACAUCCUAUGCUCAGCUUCUAGCAGCAACGUGCCUGUCUAAGCUUGUAAGCAGGGCAUCUCCAUUACCUAUUGAACAAAGGAUUGACAUUCGAAAUUACAUUCUGAACUAUGUAGCAUCUCAACCCAAACUGGCUCAUUUUGUCAUCCAAGCUCUUGUUCAAGUCAUUGCUAAAAUUACAAAAUUAGGAUGGUUUGAGGUACUAAAAGAUCAGCUCAUCUUCAGAGACAUUAUUGCUGAUGUAAAAAAAUUUUUGCAGGGCACUGUGGACCAUUAUAUAAUAGGAGUAAUGAUUCUCUCAGAACUGACUCAGGAAAUGAAUCUAGUUGAUUAUUCAAGACCUUCAGCAAAACAUCGUAAAAUAGCUACCUCAUUCCGUGACACCUCUCUAAAGGACAUACUGAUGCUUGCGUGCUCUCUUUUGAAGGAGCUUUUGGCAAAACCUUUAACCCUUCAGGACCAACAGCAACAAAGUCUAGCCAUGCAACUUUUGAAGCUUGUACUAAACUGUCUUAAUUUUGAUUUCAUUGGAAAUUCAGCUGAUGAAUCUGCAGAUGACCUAUGCACUGUGCAGAUUCCAACAAACUGGAGAACAAUCUUUCUGGAGCCAGAGACCUUGGACCUGUUUUUUGAUUUGUAUCAUUCCCUUCCACCAAUGCUGUCUCAGUUAGCACUUUCUUGUUUAGUUCAGUUUGCUUCUACAAGGAGGUCUUUAUUCAGCAAUCCAGAACGUGCCAAAUAUCUUGGUAACCUAAUCAAAGGAGUCAAACAAAUACUUGAAAAUCCACAGGGUUUAUCUGAUCCGGGUAAUUACCAUGAAUUCUGUCGGUUUUUGGCUCGGCUAAAGACAAACUAUCAACUAGGAGAGCUAGUAAUGGUGAAAGAUUAUCCAGAGGUCAUCCAACUUAUAGCGAAUUUUACUAUUACUAGCCUACAGCACUGGGAGUUCGCUCCAAAUAGUGUUCAUUAUUUGCUAACUCUGUGGCAAAGAAUGGUAGCAUCUGUACCUUUUGUGAAAACGGCAGAACCCCACCUCUUAGAUACAUAUGCACCUGAGAUAACAAAAGCUUAUAUUACUUCUAGACUGGAAUGUGUUCCUGUAGUUAUAAGAGAUGGCUUAGAAGAUCCCCUGGAUGAUACAGCUACAGUUUUCCAACAGCUGGAGCAACUGUGCACAGUUAGCAGGUGUGAAUACGAAAAGACCUGUACAAUUCUUGUACAGUUGUUUGACCAAAAUGCACAAAACUACCAAAAACUAUUGCACUCUUCUAGUAGGAAUCCAUUAGAAAUCACAGUUCAGGAAGGACGUCUGGCAUGGCUUGUGUAUUUUGUGGGUACUUUUGUGGGAGGACGAUUAACAUACACUAGUACUGAUGAACACGAUGCCAUGGAUGGAGAAUUAUCCUGUCGCGUUUUUCAGCUGAUAUCUUUGAUGGAUGCCCAGUUACCACAGUCUAGUAAUGAAAAAGUAGAACUGGCAAUUCUGUGGUUCUUGGAUCAGUUCCGUAAAACGUAUGUGGGAGACCAGCUUCAGCACACCUCAAAG